ACAAACCUGUUCAAACAGUAACCAAAGUAAAUCCAUAACCAAAGUCCACUUCUAAUGAGUGAACAGAUCCUGUCAUCAACAUGUCUGGCCCGGUCAGCAUGGAGCUGUCUCCCCCUCCCUCUGGUCUAGAAGCAGAGCACGAGACCCUCUUCACCACCGAUUCCCUCCUCUUCCUCCGUGAGCUGAUCUCCACAUUUGAUGAGGAGGUGGAUGAGGUCCUGAGGUUGCGAGUGUCCAGAAAGGCCCACUUGGACCUUUCAGGUGACCUGCCAAGCUUUCAGGAAAGUACCAGACACAUCAGGAGAGACGCAGCCUGGAGGGUACGCCCUGUCCCCCCAAGGCUCCAGAGAAGACAUGUGGAUAUUGGGGAUCUGGCUCCCUGCGAUACCCAGCGCUUCAUUAAAGCUCUCCUGUCACCAGCACAGGGCAUACAGGUUGACUUUGAUGAUGGGAACUGCCCCACAUAUCACAACCAGAUCAAAGGCAUUCAUAAUGUUUUUAAGGUGGUUCACAACCAGUUCCCCAAUGUUCCACCCAUAUCUCAGGCUCCGGUGCUGAUGCUGCGUCCCCGUGCCUGGAACAUGGUGGAGCACAACAUGAUGGUGGAGGGGAAGGAGGCUCCUGGUCCUCUCUUUGACUUUGGACUCCUCAUGUUCCACUGUGGAAAGACCCUGUUUGAAAACCAGAGUGGACCCUUUUUCUACCUCUCAAAAGUGGAAAGCUUAAUGGAGGCCAGACUAUGGAACAAGAUAUUUGUCUGGACACAACAGAAGCUGGGCCUGCCACCGGGCUGUAUCAAGGCGACGGUGCUGAUUGAAAAUGUAUUAGCAGCCUUUGAGAUGGAGGAGAUUCUCUACGAGCUGCGGGACCAUUCAGCAGGACUCAACUGUGGCAUCUGGGAUUAUUCUGCCUCCUUUGUCAAUAAGUUCGGUCACCGACAGGCCUUCCUCCUUCCCGACCGCAGUAAAUACGUCAACAUGGAGAAGCGAUUUCUGCGCAGCUACAUGGACCUGUUGGUUCAGACGUGUCACCGGAGGGGAGCACUGGCCACAGGAGGCAUGGCUGCCUUGCUGCUGCCUCAGGACCCACUCAGUGAAUCCCACAGGAGAGUGUUGGAUACUGUCACCAGGCUAAAGAUGCUGGAGAUCAAGGCAGGUGUGGAUGGUUUCAUGGUAUAUGACCUGAGUUUGAUUGAGCCCAUGCAGAAACUCUUCAAGCUCCACACUGAAGGUGAUAAUCAGCUUAUCCAGCUUCGAAAUGAUGUAACUGUAUCUCCUGAUGACCUACUGUCCAUGCCUUCGGGAGGAGUCACCCUUUAUGGUUUGAAGUAUAACAUUGCAGUUGGAGUCCUCUUUAUUAAUGCUUGGCUAUCAGGUAGUGGCCACUUUUUCUACAGAGGCCAGGUCGAAGAUUCAGCCACAGCAGAGAUUUCCAGAUCACAGGUGUGGCAGUGGAUCCGACAUCAGACUCAGAUGGAGGACGACAGCCGGGUGGUGAGCAGGCGGCUGGUGACUGACCUCACCAAUGAGGUCAUGAUGGAGCUCAGCGCUCUCUGUCACUCGGUCAGGGCCAAACAGAGGUUACACACAGCAGCAGACAUGUUCCUGGAGGUGGUCCUAAAGAGAGAUUUCCCAGAGUUCAUCACCACCUACUUGAAUUUGGACCACACCUUUCUCCGCUCCCAGAACAGACAGGUGGAGGAUCAGGACACAGACAUGCCCCGACCCAAACUGUGAAGGUCCAGAUGGAAAACCACACACUUUGAGGACACAUUACCUUUCAAUAUUUCUAGAUUUAAGUAGCAGAAAGUUAGAUGAAUCAGCAAUCAGUGUGGGUUAAAGACACCAAUGUGUACCUCUCUAGAGGAAUAAAGAAAACAAGAUAAAUAUGGAGUUAGCGUUAGUAAGUAGUUACUGUAACUCACACUCAAGGUUUAAAACAAAUUAUAAUAUUUUCUACCUCUAUUAUCUGAUUAAUAUAUUCAUACAUAUGAAUAAAUAAAGCAUGCCAUGCUUUAUGUAUGAUAAAGAUGUGACUUGUAACAGCAUACAACUGUUGAUGUGAGCUACUGCUGGCAAACUGGCAGAAAUGUCCUGGAGAACCUGGAUAUUUAGUUUUCCAGUUUAAUUAAAAUGACCAAAUAUCCUGGAAAUAA